AUUUGACAACAAUUCAGUUUCCUUAUUUGACGCAUUGUUGAGUGAUUAUUUUAAGAAAGUUCACAAAAUUUCAAUGGCGAUGUCUAAAUUUAAAGAUUUUCCAAUUCUUCCAGGGUAUAAAGUUGACCCUAAUAAAGAGUUCCGUCGUAAAUUCAACAAGUCACAGCACUUUGGAGUUCACAACGAUGUCUGCAUGCUUGCUGAUGUUGCGAGACCAGGUCACGACGGUACCUUGCUCCUGGCUGAAGGUCAAGUGCAGCCUGCACCAAAAAACCAUUGGCUCCACUUCGACAAGCAAGUCCUGAAAUUUGAUGCUAAUUGCUUUGAAGAAAACGGCAGGAUGAGAAAGUGUCAAUUUUUUUACUAUCUCGAAGAUGACACCAUACAGGUAGUGGAACCCAGAGUGACAAACAGUGGCUGUUUCCAAGGCACCCUGAUCCACCGCCACAGGAUUCCCAUGCCCGCAAAGUGGCAGAAAAACCGCGAAAACGUCGCGCAAGUGAACUCUAUGGCUGCCCACGCCAGUGGCUUUUUUAGCGUAGCCUGUCUGAACGUUGGCAAUACGCUGGAAAUCUACGGUCGUCGAUUUGUGCUCACCGACUGUGACAAGUUCACUCGUUUGCUGCUGGAAAAACUUGGCCUUGCUGUUCCACCGAAUCAGACAAAACUUGAGCCUAGCGUUCAUGUUGAAGGAAAACCCGCGCAUACAAAAGCAUCUUCUGUUCCGGAUGAAAGGCAGUUUCUGCAGUUAGAUGGCUUGGUGCUCAGUUUCAAAGCCUAUUGGGACGACCGAGAGCAAGAAGGUGGCCUGCUGCACAAGCUCACCCUGUUGUACUAUCUUGCGGACGACACCUUGGAGGUCUUGUUCGAGGACGGUAGCCGGAUGAUCAAGCGCCAGCGCUUGCCCAAGGAGGAUCAGGUGUCCGUCGAGCUGGGCGCUCCUGAUCAGCUGCCCAUCCUGAACGUGAUGAAGGGCAGGAAGCUUCUGAAAGACGCUUGCCCUGCGGACGGAGCCUUCCGGAGGGUCGACUAUGUCCGUGACAAGGAGUUGGCGAUCGGGGCCACGGUGAGCGUAUUCGGCCGCCCCGUGGUGCUUGUCAGCUGCGACAAAUUCACGCAAAAGUACUUCAAUGAUCGAUAUAGAAUAGAGGACUUUACCCCGCUGAAAUAUCCUGAUGAUGAGGCACGGCGGCCGGCCAAGUAUCCGCCAAGAAUACAUCUGCCUCCCUACAACGGAUUUGGUUCGUACGAAGAUUCAGCAGCAAACUGCAAAAGCUUCAAAAUGAAAGAAAGACAAAAGGAUUUGACUCAGUUUCUCACAAAGGACAGACAGGGAAAUGAGAGUCACAUUUUGCGAUUUGCAGCGAAAUUGAAGGAAGGUUGUGAAAUUCGGAAGUUUAUCAUAUCCUAUUACCUGAGUGAUGAUACGGUCUCGAUUUUCGAAAUUUUCUCACCAAAUACUGGCUAUAAGGGUGGAAAGUUCCUGGAACGGUGCACUCUGUUCAAACCGAAUCAAGACCUGAUUAACGUGGACAGCGCACCUGCAAGUUACAACGCAGGAGAUUUCUACAUCGGUGCUAAAAUUGUGGUCAAUCGGUUUGAGUUUAUUAUCCACGAAGCUGACGACUAUGCUCUCACGUACAUGGAGAAAAAUUGCCACGAAUUUCCACUGAGCAACAGCAAACUGAUCCUGAACAAAAUCAGACCCCACCUUGGCCUCAGGUACAAAGAGCUCGUCUCUGCUCUUAUGGAGAACGAUGACCACGGCCAAGGUGUGGUGGCAGUGCGACAUUUCAGAGACAUCCUGGAGCACCUUCUUCCUGAUGAAUUCCUCACGGAACACGAGUUUGAAACUUUGCUGCGCAGAUACGCCGUGCCCGAAAACCAGCCACCUGAUCUGCAUUUAAGAUCAAAGGUGCACUCGCUCCUCCGCCGGCAGUUGUUCAAAGACAUGGAUUUGCUGAAGAUCGAGCUGCACGAAAGGGACCAUGCCAAAACUGGAUUUUUGAGCAGGAAAAAUGCUUGGGCCGCGUGCAGAAGUCUGCCUGUGCCGUUACCAGUUGACGUUCUGGCCACAGUUUUCGACAGGAUAAAAAUGAACAGUGAGGGCCAGAUUGAUUAUAAUGAUCUGCUGUGGUACUUGGAUUGCGAAAAUCAGCCUGCAAACCUGGAGAUUCAGAAUGAAGGGUCGAUUGGAUUUCUAUUUAAAAAUAUGCCGAAGAAAAGCAAGAACGAUCUGAGCUACAAGACUUUCAUUGCGGAGCUGGACCUGGAUGACGAUCAUUUGAAUCAAAUUUCAUGAACAAAAUGAUAAAAAAA